UAUAAAUCCCGUCGGUUCUCAAGUAACCACCAGACACAGACAAAGAAAAAUCUUGAGUAGGCCUACUUCCUCAUUCACUAGUCUGACUUUUCUCGGGCCUUUCCUCUUUCCUACCGAGAAGUCCUUCCUCCCAAAAUGGCCGACGUAGAGUUUCUCGCCCUCACUACCAAGCCCUCGGCGCAGCUGGCUUAUACCUUCCAAGCUCCCGAGGGAGCAUCCGCCAAACCCGUCCUGGUGGUCUUUGUGAAUGGGCUCGGCCUUCCACAAGCCUUCUGGCAGCCUGUCAUUGCGCAACUGAAAUCCGCUCGCCCAGGCAACAGCCCAGCCUUCUUGACGUACGACCGCUUCGGCCAAGGCCAGACGACCGAUCGCGAUCCCGCCGACGCCGGCGCUGAGGACCCCACCCACGGCCAUGACUGCCUGGCCGCCGUCCAGGAUCUCCGUCAGCUGCUCGUCCAAAUCACCACCGAGAAGCUGGGGGUCGCCGACGUGAACUCCGUCUCGCUGGUACUGGUGGGGAACUCGAUCGGCUGCGCGUUGGCUCGGCUUUACGCCCAGAAUUACCCCGGCACCGUCGCCGCGCUGUUAUUGCUCGACAGCGUCCUCGCCAACUCGGACUUUAUCUCUAUCUUCCCCGAUCCGGAUUCUCCGGACUUUGACUCAGCCAGCAUUGCCCCGAUCCCCGUCGAGGCCAUCCGCGCGGUGCGGGCCGGCGUCCGCCGCGUCUUCCACCCGGACGUCGGGAGCAAGGAGGGUCUCAGCCGGCGGAACCUGCGCGAGCUGCUCCCUACUAGUGACAGCCCGCAGCUAGAAGGCCCUGAGGGUCACGGGCCCUAUGUGACGGUCGUGGGGCACGAUUUUGAUGCUUUUGCGGAAGAGUCGGCCAAGAUGGGCCCACCCAAGCCGGUCACGAACCGCUUCGUCAACCCCUACUGGCACCGUUAUAACGAGGGCCUGGUCAAGAUCACCGAGCCCGAGUACAGCAAGGGCCCCUUGAUUGCGCCGAAUGCCGGCCACUUUGUGCAGAAGGAUAAUCCGGAGUUUGUGGUACAUGAACUGAAUGAGUUGUUGGAGAAGGUGCUGUAGGAUUCGGAAUGAUUACGAGAGAGCUUUUUUCUAAUUCAUGAACUUUAAUCUUUUAUCCAUUUUUGCUUCUGCG